CGUGCAACUGAAAUUUGCCAAAUGCGUAGUAGCUUUUAUUGUUUUGGGGUUAGAACCAGUUAGUUCUUCAUUGACUGUUUGGCCGUACAUUAACAAUAAAAUCUGAUGUUUUAAAAAGGCACUUCAUUCCAUUUUUAUGUGUGGGGAAAAGUAUAGUACAAGUUUAAGUGCUUUAGCUUUGUGAAAUCUCCGUGUAAUAACUUAAGUGGUAAGAGUCUAGCAGGUGGUGACAAAUGAGCUUCAUUUAUAAUAACCCAGACCAACAGGUCGACUCUGAGGAAUUUGAUUUUUCGGUACUUUUCGACAAUAGCCACGAUGAGGACUUCGCCACAAAAGAGGCAGAAAAUGUUGCUGCUUCUCACAAGGGCAUUGUUCCUCCUUCUGGGAUCGGUUUCCCAACUAUGGAUGUCUCCCAAUAUGGAUCUCAAUCAUGUAGCUCAAUGGCAUCUACAAUGUUAGCUGGAGAACACAUGAGUGAAUAUGGCCAAGUGGACAACAGAGAGUUCAAAUACUACCUGGAAGCUGCAAAGCCAAAUGCAUCAUCUAGUGUAGAAAGCCCAAGAAUUGAGAUCACGCCAUCACCUGGACUGUUUCAUGUAGCUCCACAUGUAGCCAGCUGUGGAGAGCAAACAUAUCAUUCUCCCACAGCAGUUCCUAGAGUUACCUUACCUGUGCCAGGUUCUGAAAACAUUGUAUACAGGGAUCCAAACAGUCCAGCUAGUAGUGCCUCGUCAACAAGUUGGCAAUCAGUUGUGUCUCAUGAGUCGAGUUCCCAUUAUGGCAUCUCGCCUCAGACCUCACCAAUAACAUCUCCAUGUGUCUCACCAAAAAAUGGCUCAGAAGAAUAUCAAGGUCAGGGUGUUCACCAUUCUCCAAGAACAUCUCCUGUCAACUCACCCUCAACUCACAGUGAAAACUGGCAGAAUGCAAGGUCACCAUCCCCAACACCCCGACCUUCUUCAAGAUCAUCAUCACCUUGUGGAAAGAGAAGAUAUUCCUGUGACCGCUCCAGAACUCCUUCUCCACAGGCUUCACCAAGAGUCAUUGCAAGAGAUGAACCCGGUUUGCACCAAUUUUCAAAUUCUGCAAGUCUUGCAGAUGCAAUGAGCACGCUCACCACUGAUUCCAACAAUGACCUGGGUGAAAUGCUUCCUGUAAAGGCUCGUAUCAUGGAUCUUACUCCGCCAUCCUCCCUUAAAACUGACAUGUGUAAAGGAGAAAAACUUACCAGCCUUACCACGCUGAAUUAUGCCGAGUUUUCAGGGCCCUGUCAGGAUUUGAAGAAAGAUGUUUAUGGCGUUGACCCGCUUUUUCUGAUGCCUCCUCAUCCUUUCCAGUGGACAAAACCCAAACCUACAUGCACCAUUCCUCCUCUGCCACCUCUGGAGUGGCAGCUGCCAAGUGUAUCGGGACAAUACAAAUUGCAGAUUGAGAUACAGCCUAAACCUCACCAUCGAGCACACUAUGAAACAGAAGGAAGCCGUGGGGCAGUUAAAGCUCCAAGUGGUGGUCAUCCUGUGGUCCAGCUGCAUGGCUACAUGGAGAACAAGCCUUUAAGCCUGCACAUAUUUAUUGGAACAGCGGAUGAGCGACUCCUGAGGCCACAUGCCUUUUACCAAGUCCAUCGCAUCACUGGCAAAACAGUCUCAACCACCAGCUACGAGAAAAUCUGCGGCAAUACCAAAGUUCUGGAAAUCCCGCUCCAACCAGAAAACAACAUGAAAGCAGUGAUUGAUUGUGCUGGAAUAUUGAAGCUGAGAAAUGCUGAUAUCGAGCUGAGGAAAGGAGAAACGGACAUUGGCAGGAAGAACACCAGAGUGAGGCUGGUUUUUCGAGUGCACAUUCCUCAGCCCAGUGGCAGGACUAUCUCACUGCAGGUUGCUUCCAAUCCCAUUGAAUGCUCUCAGAGAUCAGCCCAUGAGCUACCUAUGGUGGAAAAGCAGAGCACAGACAAUUGUUUAGUCACAGGUGGACAGCAAAUGAUCCUCAAUGGUCAAAACUUUACGACUGAGUCAAAGGUGCUUUUCACAGAGAAGACUCCUGAAGGACAACAGAUAUGGGAGGUAGAGGCAACAGUAGAUAAAGAUAAAAGUCAGCCCAACAUGCUGUUUGUUGAAAUUCCACGUUAUCGGAACCAGCAUAUUCGCACACCAGCCAAAGUGAACUUCUGUGUUGUUAAUGGAAAAAGGAAGAGAAGCCAACCACAGAGAUUUACGUAUCUCCCCACAGUGCCUGUCAUUAAAACAGAACCUAUUGAUGAGUGUGAAGGUGCCAUAUUCUGCAAUACUGUACAUCACGGAACCAUGUCUCAGUUUUAUUAUACACAGCAGGUCAUGACCCCUGUAAUGGUCGCUAACCCCACUUCCUGUCUUGGAGGAAGCAUGAAUUCCUGUCGUUCUGGAUUCUCUCCACAUGAUUCUAAGUAUCAGCAGCAGAAUCCAAUAGGAGCAGUCUAUCAAAGAUCUAAAGGUGGCAGUCCAAAUCAUCUUGGCUAUCAACCAUCUGCUGUAAUGGUGCCAUCAAUUCCCAUAAUUCAAGAUGCUCACAGAUCUGUGUUGGUACAUGCUGGGUCACCUGCCCAGUCUUCAAUGCUGCACCAGUCUCCUACCAAUCAAUCUUCUCCGAUAAUUCAUCAUUCCCCAAACAACCGCGAGUCUUCUUCCAUGAUCCAAAAUUCUCCAACCAACCAUCAGUCAUCCAUGAUACAACAUUCCCCAACCCAUCAGCAAUUAUCAUCAAUGAUUCACCAUUCACCUACUAGCCAGCUAUUGCGAUACAACAGCCACCAGGAUUACCAGCAACAGGUGUAUCCAGAGAAUGAUGCCCAAGUGCCUAUUAUGCGAUCCACUACACCACAACCAGUACAUCAUGUGCAAAAAAGUAGUCCAAAUCAAUAUCCAGCUGUGAUUCAGCAACAGCAGCAACCAUCCAAUACAAUCCAGAAGGUUUCCAAAAACAGGCCCUCACCAAGUCAUCUUGCAACCUUGAUAAUGGAUCCACAGGAGAAGGAAACUACAAGUUCUGGAGUCACAGUGAAGCAGGAACCACAGAACCUGGACCAGGCAUACCUGGAUGAUGAAACUUCAUGGGACUUCUUCAAAAGGCUGGAGCACUUUAAUAAGUUAAUGAAAUUAUAAGAAAAGAUCUUUCUGCAGUCACUGUGCGAAGCCAGUCGUAGACCCAGCAAAUUUACAAUGGACACUUCCUUGCAUAACCUUGGAAAUUUUCUACACUUCCAGUGGCACCCUCGGUGUAUCAAUAGGUCAGCUGUAAGGUUCACAUUCAGCUGCACAGAACAAUAUGCUGGCAAGGAGUUGGUUUCUCUGACUAAUCACCAUGGGAACUUUCACUGUGUCAAUUUCAACUUAACAAAUUUUCCUCAUUGUUUCCAUUCAUACAGUGUAUUUAUUGGGUCCAAUAACUGUAUUUUCAGUUUACACUUGUACACUUUUAUUCAUUUAGAUCACACCCAUUUCCAGUCAGAUUUGCAAAGAAGAACUGAAUUUUAGACCCCUCCACUCGAAGUUUGAGUUAUUUUUAAGCUCUUCUUAUUAUCUUCUUUAACUACAAGGGCCACAAGUAUCUUUGCAAUCAUGUUCACAGAAUAGACAUGGCUUGAAGUCAAAAUGAAAUGUGCUGGUAUGAAAAAGCUGGUUGACUGCAAGAAUGUGCAUCACUGCUGCUUUGACAUCCCAGACAAAAUACAUUUUUAUUUUAUUCACCAGGCUGCAACUACCAGUUUUGUGCAACAAUUUAUUGAUUUAUAUUGAACAGGGGUAACUGGUAAAUGAUAUCAGCAGGAGCAUAACGUUUCUAUCAGACUAAGUAAGUUAUUUUAUGUCCAGCAGUUUAAGGAGUACAGCUAGAAUCAAUAUGCUCUGUUGAAGCUCAAGGUUUCUUUCUGACAUAUUCUGGGAUGUUGUUAAUAUAACUCUGAUAUAAAAUAAUCUCAGAAGACUAAGGUAAAACAAAUGUAGAAUUCAAGAAUAACUAAUACUGAUAACUGAUGCAUGUUGAUUUACUUAUCCAACAUCUUAGGUCAUUGCAGAUGUAAUUGUUAAUAUCUCAAGCUUUGAAGAGUAAGUCUUUUCUGUGUAUAACUUGUUUUCCUGUUAUAGAAUAUAGUCGUUCAACCACAUACAUAUAUAACAAAAAAAAAAUCUUUUUGCUAUUUCAAGAAAUGCUGCCAUUGUGUUAGCAGUUCUAGGUAACAAUCGAAUCUACUUUUUUUUUAAUAAAGUCUGAGAAUGAAGCUAUUUUCUAUGUUUUCAAAAGGAAUCAAGGUAAUUUUAAAUAUAUAUUAACAUAUCUGGUGUACAUGUUGUUUGUCAAUUUCUUAAAGUUAAUAUUGUGAUCAGAGUAAAAACUUCUCUACUGCCCAGCUGAAAUUCCACUGUUUGGAGUUUAAUCAGGCUUGCUGGAAGACACAACACAACCUGCUGUAUAAAGCAGGUUAAAUAUUUUUACAUUUUUAUCAUUAAUUUCUUCUUGGACAUGUAGUUGCAAUUUUAUCCUGAUAACUAGUAACUGCUUACACAGUAUCAGGAUUAUUCCUUUUGUAGCCGUUUUUAGCUGAAUGGUUUUGAAUUAAUAAAGCUUCAACCAGUCUUUUCCCCUUAAUUAAUUGGGUGAUGCAAAUUUUGAGGCAUCCAAGUCUGCACACCAUCCUUGGGAUAUAUUUCCUGACACCUAGGUUCUAGAACAAAUUAUUGUUACAGUCAGGAUGGGAAUCAUUAACAUUGGCAUUAAUAUUGGCAGUGGCAAUCUAAGUGAUAGAUUAAGAAUUUCCCCGAAGGAAAGAUUGAGUAUUUUGUGCCUAAAGAAUGAGAAUUUGGGAUUAAUUAUUAUUGAGGUUGCUGAAAUGUUUCUGUUCAAUGUUUGGAAUGCUUUUGAUGGCAUACUGAUUUCAAAUCUUGUAAAUCCAGUGGCCCACUUUGUUGUUGCCAACCACAGAUGCCAUGCCAAUCACUCAAAAUUACAAGAACAUUUGUCAUACUUCACGAUGAACCAGAAGAUGCAUGUAUCUGUGCUAGUUAAAUUAUCCUCAUAUUUCUUGCACGGUUGGAGCUGUGCUUAUUGAAUAUAUUCCCAACUGAUGGGAUGGAAAAAUGCAUGGCAGAAGUAGAUUUAGAUAUUAUAAAUAUUAACUUGUUAUUGUUAACUGCCAUUUUGUGGGGCCAUAAAUUAUUAUCAACCUUAUGGUACUAUAACUGAAAUGAAACUGGAUGGGAGAUAGUACUUGGGUGUCAUAAUGUUUCACAUUUCACAUUUCCAUAAAGAAAGGGCUUUUUGUAUUCUAUAAUUUGCUAAACUGUAAAAAGAUUCAUAAGUAUUCCUGGUUCCUAUAAGAAAGCAAUUAUUAUGAGAAGCCCCACGCAAAAGGACUGGUUUGUAAUCUGGUGCCUCAUAAGAAAUCAUUCAGCGGUGCAUCUUCCUACAAAUACUUUUGCUUUAUAAAUAGGUACAGUAAACUUUAGUAACAACAUCUAUGAUUUCAAAAUGUUUUAUUGAUGCAUUGAAUGUAGAAAGCCUAAUUGUGAUUUUUAUAUAGAUGAAUUUAUUUUAGUUUUGUAUUAAACUUAUAUUUAGCUUGCUUAAAUUCUGAAUGCUUCUUACCAUAUUUUCAUUCCAUAACAACAAAUUAUAAAUGAUUUGUUAGACAGUGUUUCACAUAUUAUGUAAUCAAGCAUGAAUACUGCCAACUGAUGUAAAUAGCUUGUAAUGUAGGGAUCAGAAAUGAGAAGUCUUUAAAUGUGAUGGAAUAUAGAGAUAGGGAUGGCAUCUUCUAAUAUUACAUUGUAGACACAUUAUUUUCUUUCCCCUUUCAAAAAUCACAUUUAUUUACUGCCGAGGGAUAAUUGGUUCAUGGAUUAUAUCUGUGUCAAGGAAUCUUCUUUAAAGUUAUUUUUCCUGCUUAUUACUUAUGAACAAUGGAGAGAACAAAUCUCCUAGCUUUUGCUUUUAAGCUUGCUGUUGCCUGAUCAUCUAUAUUUAAUCUCGAUCUCUUAUUUCAUAUCAGAGUUAAAAUAAUGCAUGGAAGGAUGUUCCUACCAGUAAAUCCUUUCAUAAAUCACAUAGAGUAACCUAUAAGUCCUACAUAUUACAAAUUGAAACUGUUACAGGCGAAAAAAUGUAUCAUAAUUUCAUAAAAUCUUUGUAAAUUUAAAACAAAUUCUAUUUUGUUGACCCUCAGAGUGUUUAUAUUUUUAAACUAUUCCUCUUUUUUAGCAAAAACCAAAUUUGUAAUAGAACAAUAAAAUAUAUAAAAUAGAAAGGCAGGAUAAAACUACGCAAUCCAUCUGUGUACAUUUACAAGAAUGAAAUCUUAUAAAGAUUUUGCAAAUUAACCCAAGUUAAUACAUGUUUGAAGUACAAGUUGCUUUAUUUACUUUUGUGAUUCCAAGGCUGGGUGGUCAAUGUAUUAUUCUGUAUAAAAUUGGCCCCAGGCUUCUUCUGUGGCAUUCAUUGCUAUAUUUGAAUUUUUAAUACUGUUGAGUAUUAUUGGCUCUUUCAAAGUGCGCAAUAUAACUCAAUUCUUGUUUAUAAAUCUAUUUUGUAACAAAUAUUUAAAUACAUAUCAAAAGAUGGUAAUUGGGAUUCAAAUGGAAAAUGUUUAAAGGAGUCAGCUUCUUGUAUGUGUUAUGUAAUUUAUGUACAGUUUAUUACAGAACUAUAUUUUGCUUUAGAACAUUGUCAGCUCCAGCAUUUUUUAAUUGCUGUAUUUUGUCAAGCUCUUUCAAUUCUGUUUUUAAUGAUGCACAAGAUCCCUCCAUCAACAACAUUCAGCCCCUUAAAAUGAUCAAGGCUGCAGUUGGCAUGUACUUAGAAACUGACAAGCAUGGACAUUUUGUAUUAGUUUAUUGUGGAUGGUGGCCACAUUUGUACAUGAGGAAACAGCAUCUUUCCUCAGUUGUCUAAAUGGUUUGCUGCAGUGCCUUCCUGUCAUUGUACUGAAACAAAAAUUAAAGAACUGGAUGCCAAAAAAAUCAACCCUGUUUUCCACAGAUCUUUGUAAAGUAUUUCAAAGAGAAAUCUAGUUUUUUUUGCUAAGGAUCUACCAAGCAAAGUAUGUUUUGAGCCAACAAAGUUCUUAGCAAAGGUCAACUACGGAAAGCUGACUCAUAAAGGUCCAUGUGUAAUAGCAGAAAGAAUGUGAUAAAGUUAAGAUUUGCACUGUUAAAUGUAAUGCCAUUGAUUAAGAGCAAUAUAUUCCUUCUGAAUGUAGAACUUCUCUAAAGACAGCACUAUAUUUUUUGUAAUGUAAAGAUUUCUGCUGCUUACCUUUGUAUCCAAAAAGUUCUCAUUAUCUAUUCUUGUUUUCCAAAAGCAUGAUGUUGUUUAUUUUAUUUUAGAAAUGUAGUUUUUUUUAAAUAAUUUUGUUUCAUGCUCCUGAUUCUAAACCAUUGUUGAUACUAUUUGCUUAUAUGCCUGCCUCUUUAUAAUCCCUUCAGUGUCAGAUCUAAUGAGAUUUGAACUAAUGCAAUGUAGUCAAGUACUGCUUAAAAAUAUAUAUAUAUAUUUAACAUUUAUUCAAUGUAAAGAAAUAUAUUUACUAAGAUUUUCUAAAAAAAUAAGAACCAGCACAGAAGGGGUUAAAUGCAUCUGAUGAAAUAGACAUUUAUUCUUUAAGCAAAGUAUUAAAUCAUUAACUUUUGUACUCUGAUGCUAAUUGUAAUAACAUUUUGCAUUGCCAUGCUUAGA